UGCGGCUUUUGUUGAUUUUCAGCCUCAAUCUGUAUUGCUAGUAUUUCCUGCUGCCCUGCACGUCUUCUUGUCGCUCUAAUUUGCGCAAGAACAAUAUCGGGCUCGAGUACAGGAAGUAAGACGGCGGUACCUUCCUCAGGGCCAUUGUGAAAACAACCAGGAUAUGACUUAGUGAUAAUGUACGGUCACAUUCUGCGCCCCUACAGGCGCUUGGUUUCACCGGCCUUCACUCUCCGCACAGCAUCCUUGCGAAGUCGUUCCUACCAAACAUCACAGUCCAAAAAGCAGUUCGCGGCGGACUCCACCCAUAUUGACACCAGUCUCAAUGCAAAACCGCGACCGUUUGCGAUAGAGCGCGUCGGGGGCAGGGAGUGUCAUGUGUCGUGGUCGGAGGAGGGUAUCACCAAAGAAUGGCGCGAAUUGGCAGCACCGACGAUCCGUGACGGACAAACUCAGGCAGCCUCUACGAUAGGCUCAGUCACCGGCCGGCUCACAUCCUGGCUGCGACAGAUGUUCUUGCCCACGAACUACCCGCAGUCCGUACACCGCUCGUAUGCACCGUUUCACAUCCUCCAGUUCUUCGAGACGACGUUCGGCACGGUUGUCUCUGUGCUUUGCAACCAGGCGCUGCUCACCUCUGUCGGGGUCAGCGCUGAGGGCAGCGUGUUUGGCGCGGUCGCGGUGCAGUGGAUCAUCAAGGACGGCGCAGGCGAGAUCGCGAAGCUCUUCUUCAUCCGCCAUUGUGCGGCAUUCUUCGACAGCCACCCCAAGUCGUUCACGCUUGCCGGAGAGAGCCUCGUCGCGCUCGGCAGUGGGCUUCAAAUCGCGACCCUCCUCGUCCCGCCGACGCCUGGCUACUUUCUAUUGUGCGCGGCGGGCGGGAACGUCUUCAAGUUAGUCGGCUACGCUAUAUGGUUCACGACGCACAUCAAGUGGGUGCGCUACUUCGCCGCGCAGGGCAACAUGGGCGACGUCGCAGCGAAGGACGAGUCACAGACGUCGAUCGCGCAGCUCGUGGGGUAUGCCGCGGGCAUCGGGCUGCUCUCCGUCUCGCACGCGCCUGCGUACCUGUACGCGCUCUACACGCUGCUCACGCCGGCACACCUGAUGAUGACGGCGCUCAUGAUGCGCGUCGCGACGUUUGAAGUGCUCACCAUGCCGCGGCUCGGGCUGCUCGCGCGUGCAUAUGCCGGCGAAGACGGGGCGGUAGGGGUCAGGUCUUUGAGGGAAGUCGAGCGUGCAGAUGAGACGGGUGUGUUUGGCGAGUACUACAAGCGGAAGGAGGAUAGGUUAGUCGAGCUGGCGCCGAGGGUGAGCGAGGUCGUCGGGCGGGACGUGGGUGCCGAUUCUGCGCGGUGGGAGCUCUGCACGCGUGUCUUCCAGGACGAGAAGUACGUGCUGUAUCCUGUCGCACCUCCCACACAACGUAUCGCCGUCUUCUUCCAUCCGGACGCCGCAUCAGACGACAUGCUCCGUGCGGUGAUGCAUGCCGCCCGCCUGCGCAUGCUCCUUGGGGACGGAUCCUCUGUCGAGGACACUCCUGCACUCAGACCGGCGCUAGCGGACUCUCUUUCGUGGACACGCGCUCAUUUCGAUGCGUUCAAGCACGAGUUAGAGGACAAAGGCUGGCGGACGGAUGAGAUCGCAUUCGCAGAUCGCGGGCACCGGCUUCUCUGGGGGAAAGAAGCAGAUCGUGACCCAUAGUUCGCCUCUCAACCCCGUGCUACGUCUGGAUCUCGUUGCUCAGGCCACCCAGCCGCCAAAAUUGUGAUGCGUGGUCUAUGGGUCCGACGGAUGAUGGGAAUCGCUUACUGUGCCCAUGGGCUCCUGCACCUAUUGCACGCUAUUGACAGCAGGACCUUUUCGCACAUUGCUUCAUAUACAGAAGUGCUAACUGCACCCCAGUUGAUUAUAUCUUAGACGCAUUGACCGCGGCACUAGACUACUGGAGAUAGACCUCUAGGCACCCACCUCCCUUCCAUUGUAGAAUGACCAACACACCCAGCUCACGAUGCCAUUGUAUAAAGUACAAUACAUAAUAUAUUACCAUACUUUACAGGU